AUGGCGGCAAGGAAAUUGCAGCAGGAGGUGGACAAGUGCUUCAAGAAGGUGGCGGAAGGCGUCGCAGAGUUCGAGGGCAUCUACGAGAAGAUCGAACAGUCAAAUAACCCGGCGCAAAAGGAGAAGCUCGAGGACAACCUCAAGCGCGAGAUCAAGAAGCUGCAGAGGCUUCGUGACCAGAUCAAGACAUGGGCAGCAAGUAACGAUAUCAAGGACAAGGCUCCUCUAUUGGAUCACCGGAGGCUCAUCGAAACGCAAAUGGAGAAGUUCAAAGCGGUCGAGAAGGCGAUGAAGACCAAGGCCUACUCUAAGGAAGGCUUGUCUGCAGCGGCGAAGCUGGACCCCAAAGAGCAGGCCAAGGUAGAAUGCGGCGAGUUCCUGAGUAGUCAGGUCGACGAGCUGGAGCAACAGAUCGAGGCCCUCGAGGCCGAGAGCGAGUCGAUACAAGCCACCAUGAAGAAGGGCAAGGGCCAGGCGGCCAAGGCAGAGCGGAUAGCCGAGAUCGAGGCCUCCAUCGAGCGGCAUAAGUGGCAUCAAGGGAAGUUGGAGCUGAUUCGGAGAUCUCUCGAGAACGGCGGUGUCGAGGUCGAGCAGGUCAACGAGCUCGAGGAGAGUAUACGGUACUAUGUCACCGACAACAUGAACGACGACUUCAUGGAGGAUGACACCAUGUACGACGACCUGGCGCUGCAUGACGAGGAGGAUGCCUACGGCAUGAACCAGGACGGCGACAAGGGAUCAUCACAAGACACGCAAUCAGUGCAGGAGGAGACGAUAGAACCGGAAGUCAGGGCGCCGAACGUCACGAGUGGGAAAGCGCGAACACCAGCGACCGAGGCCGUGGCAGCGUCAUCGGGGAGGAGGCCAUCGGCGCAACUCAAAUCGCCCUUACCAACACUCGCAACACUACAUACUCCGCUGCCUACGAUCGGCAAUGGGGCAUCAAGCAAUUCCGCUAUGAAACCGGCAGCGCUACCCGCGCGACCUGCUGAGGGUCUCAAGUAUGCCUCUGCCGCUGCCGCCGCGGCUGCGAGUGAUAAGAACAGCGUCGGGAUUGCACCGUUACCGCCACCGCCAUCAGCAACACCUGCACAAGUCAGGACGAGCGCAGCGAAUUCUCCGAGCAUAGCUUCCAUACAGCCUGCUCAGGUCGCGCCGCAGACAACUCAACCCACAGCCGCACCAACGAGUACCAAGGCCGAGGGCAAGUCCAGUAAAGCACUGGGCAAGGCAGCUGCCGCAGCCGCAGCCGCAGCAGCAGCGUCCACGCCGGCGGAGAUGGCGGGUUCCUCAAAAGGUAAUGCCGAGUCGUCUUCGAAUGAACAGAAUGAACCUCGGCUAAUAGCAUCAUCAUCAUCAGCAGGCCACGCCAACGGCAUGGCAAACGGCGUCAAGGCGGCACCGGCUGCGGUAGCAGAACAAGAGGAGGAGUCGAUUUACCACCUCCCGGCAUCUCUGCAAGAUCUCGUCGAGUCUUUCGAGGCGGGCAAGAAGCGUGCCGCGCCGGCGAACUCGGCGGCGUCCCUUCUCAUGCUCGCUCACUCGCAGGCCACCGCGCCAGACACGACAGACUCUGAGGCGCCGCGGGGUUACCAGCCGGAUGUCAAGUUUCAAUCGUCCUCUCAGUACCCCCAGGAGCCCCUCAGCAUCUUUGACGACCCGCGUCUGUACAACCGCAUCGAGCCGGACACGCUGUUCUACGUCUUUUACUACAAGCAGGGCACCUACCAGCAGUAUCUCGCGGCCAAGGCGCUCAAGGACCAGAGCUGGCGGUUCCACAAGCAGUACCAGACGUGGUUCCAGCGCCACGAGGAGCCCAAGAGCAUCACGGAGGAGUUUGAGCAAGGCACCUACCGGUUCUUUGACUACGAGAGCACAUGGAUGAAUCGGAGGAAGGCAGACUUCAAGUUUGCCUACAAGUUCCUCGAGGACGACGUCUAG